GAUAGGUAGUUGAACUGCCUGACACCAGCUGAUGAUAUAAACAACAUUGAUCAGGUGAUUAAUGUCCUGCUUAAUACGAAGACUUUUGUUGAUAAUUUUGGUCGACUUAUGUAGGUUCGAGUAUGUCUCCGGUACCUGAGCCCACACAAGGUGGGCGUGUUGGUCCAGGUGACACCGAAGACGAAGAGUUAAAUCCACCCACUGGUUUGUCUGUUGGACCUCCAUUGUCAUCCAGUGAUGAGGAACCUGAGCAAGUUGAUCUGAAUGACCCUUACCCUUCUGGAUACCAGCCUCUCUCACAGGACAAUGAUGUGGAUGAAGACCAAGAUGAUUCUGAGAUUGAUUACACUUCUCUCUCUGGCUUGAUGUCCGCUCUUGCCGCCAAUGGCCCAAAUGUUGUGCAAGAGGACGAAGAAACCAGUGAAGUCACUGGAGAACACGAGAGAAUAAGAGACAUAGGUGGCACUAGUAUGCUUUCCCAGACUGAAGCGUUGACCGAGGAGUCCGACAGACAACGACGCCAAGAAUUGAUGGAUGAGAGAGCAGCUGUGUGGAACUCUUCUCCCAUGCCAGAUCGUCUUGUACUUGAUGGUAAUAAGGUGGAGGAGAUAAAGUCUGUUAUGGCAUCUUUCAUUUUGCCCCAGUCUGCCAUUCCUGCCUGGGCUCAGAACUUAUCCGAUGAGGACUGGAAAGACCAAGUUGCUGGACUCCUAUCACGCAAGAUGUCACAGUGACUGAUUUAACAAAACCCUUAAUAAAGAUCUUAUUCUCUUAAAUGAUAUUCUGUAUAUAUUUGGUAGAAUUACCGACAAUAUGUAAAGUAAAAGGACACAAGUGCAACUAAUGUGACAUUUUAUUGUGGCAACAUUUCGCUCUCCAGGAGCUUUGACAAAGCUCCUGGAGAGUGAAACGUUGCCACAAUAAAAUGUCACAUUAGUUGCACUUGUGUCCUUUUGCUUUACAAAUGAUAUUCUGCUUAAAGUGGUAGCACUACAUGUGUUGCAGCAUUAUUUGCUAUGCUUUAAAUGUCCUAAUAUAUAAACAAAAUUCUAGGGCCAUUGUAGAGCACCACAUAUCCAAUGUGGCCAAGGAUAAGGCCUGGAAUUUUUGAAACUCCAAAUAUAGAUGAGGGAAAAAAGGUGAGUGGUGCGUUGAGGUAUAUGUGGAGUCAAAAAACGUUAUCUAUGGAGGCAAAGAAGGGAAUGUAUGAAGUAUAGUAGUACCAACACUCUUAUAUGGGUGUGAAGCUUGGGUGGUAAAUGCAGCAGCGAGGAGACGGUUGGAGGCAGUGGAGAUUUCCUGUCUAAGGGCAAUGUGUGGUGUAAAUAUUAUGCAGAAAAUUCGGAGUGUGGAAAUUAGGAAAAGGUGUGGAGUUAAUAAAAGUAUUAGUCAGAGGGCAGAAGAGGGGUUGUUGAGGUGGUUUGGUCAUUUAGAAAGAAUGGAUCAAAGUAGAAUGACAUGGAAAGCAUAUAAAUCUAUAGGGGAAGGAAGGCGGGGUAGGGGUCGUCCUCGAAAGGGUUGGAGAGAGGGGGUAAAGGAGGUUUUGUGGGCAAGGGGCUUGGACUUCCAGCAAGCGUGCGUGAGCGUGUUAGAUAGGAGUGAGUGGAGACGAAUGGUACUUGGGACUUGACGAUCUGUUGGAGUGUGAGCAGGGUAAUAUUUAGUGAAGGGAUUCAGGGAAACCGGUUAUUUUCAUAUAGUCGGACUCGAGUCCUGGAAAUGGGAAGUACAGUGCCUGCACUUUAAAGGAGGGGCUUGGGAUAUUGGCAGUUUGGAGGGAUAUGUUGUGUAUCUUUAUAUGUGUAUGCUUCUGAACUGUUGUAUUCUGAGCACCUCUGCAAAAACAGUGAUAAUGUGCGAGUGUGGUGAAAGUGUUGAAUGAUGAUGAAAGUAUUUUCUUUUUGGGGAUUUUCUUUCUUUUUUGGGUCACCCUGCCUUGGUGGGAGACGGCCGACUUGUUGAAAAAAAAAAAAAAAAAAAAAAUCAGGGAAACCGGUUAUUUUCAUAUAGUCAGACUCGAGUCCUGGAAAUGGGAAGUACAAUGCCUGCACUUUAAAGGAGGGGUUUGGGAUAUUGGCAGUUUGGAGGGAUAUGUUGUGUAUCUUUAUAUGUGUAUGCUUCUGAACUGUUGUAUUCUGAGCACCUCUGCAAAAACAGUGAUAAUGUGUGAGUGUGGUGAAAGUGUUGAUUAUUAUUAUAAUAAAAAAGAAGCGCUAAGCCACAAGGGCUAUACAGCGUGAAAGUGUUGAAUGAUGAUGAAAGUAUUUUCUUUUUGGGGAUUUUCUUUCUUUUUUGGGUCACCCUGCCUCGGUGGGAGACGGCCAACUUGUUGAAAAAAAAAAAUUAUUAUAUUUGGGAGGGAGCACUAAACCCAUAGGGGUAACAGCACCUAGGAAAUGGAAGACCACUGUAUUCAUUCCAAGGGUACAAAAAGUCCAGAUCUUUGGAUCAAGAGCCCCUCACCAGCAUCAAGAAACCUUCCUUGAGGGGCCCAAGUUAAAAGAGCAUGUAAAUGUAUUUAUACUAUACUAUAUAAAUACUGUCAAAGUAAUUUAAUGUCAUCUACUUCAGUUGAUUUACUUAUUUCCAUGUUAAUUUCUGUAUUCCAUAAGUGUAAAUUAUAGGGCAACUUUCAAGAAUUGUGAGCCACAGUAAAUAUUAUUCUGGGAUUUUUUCCUGGAUUAUUUUUUUUUUUUUGAAAAUUCAGAUUCAUUAUGUCUUACUGAGCUGAUUAUUAUAUACUAUUGUCAUAGUGUAUGUAAGAACAUUGUUCAUUGUUUUACAUUCUUCACUCCCCAUGAUUUAAUUAUUAGCUGCACUUAGGACACAGAGUUUAGCCAAACAGUAACCACUGACACUGGUGCCAGUCAGUGUUACAGUGGCACUUGUGGUUAUAACCAUCUAAAGGGUUACAAUGACCCGUGCGACUGAUAAUCUACUGUUUUUGGUAUAUACACUACUAAAGAUGUAAUAUAAUACAAAUUGUCACUUGUGUGCUACCUCUCCUGGAUCUGAUAGGGGACACUCAGUAUUUUUAUGUUUUUGUGUUAUUCUUUUAUUAAAAUUAAUUACAUUACUGUAUUUAAAGAAACAAAGCUUAAUUGAAUUAUGAAUGUAAGCUAAGCUAGACAAGGGUGUAAUUUCCACUUACCAGUUGUUUAUAUAUACUGUAUAUUGCAAAAUAUAUUUUGUAAUGGU